AUAAAAAGGAAUGGAGGAAAUUAUAUUUAAUAGUAAUUUCUUUUUCUUGUCAUUAUUAUUAUCAUAAUUAAUUAUUAUUUCCUUCAAUUAGGAUUUGGACAAAUCUGAGAAAAGUUAGGAAUUCCAAAUUACCUUUUUUUUUUUUUUUUUUUCUUUUUAACUCCAUAAAAACUCCAUUUUUUCACAUUUUCUCAUCACUUAUUUUUAGCUAAAAAUUCAAUCUUUUUUCCUUUAAUCCCUCUCUUUAUUUCUGGAAAAUAGCUAAAAAUUUGUAUUUUUUUCCGAUUCUUCCCAUUUAGUUCCUUUUUUUCUGUUUUUUUUUUUUUGCUUCUCAAAUUUGAUUUUUUUUUUUAAAAAAAGAGGAGAAAAUGAAUAGCUUCAUAUUUUCCCAGUUUUUAAUCUUUCUGUAUUUUAGUUGAGCUGGUAAGAUUUCAAAAAAUUACUUAAAAGCUUCAUUUUCAUUUUUUUUGUUAUUUUGAGUUCUUGUUUUUUAGUCUAUUUUUGGCAUUUUGUAUGAAGAAAAACUAUGACUUUAUGAGUAAAAAGUGGAACUUUUUUUAGUUUUUUUUUGAAGUUUUUGAGUGAUUUUUGGUGUUUUCACUAUAGUAAUAUGAUGUGUUUUUUAGUGAAGUUGGAGUUAAUUUUUUGCUGUUUACUAUAAGAAAAAUGAUUGAGUUUUUGAGCUAAAGGAGAAAACUUUUUUUUUUGGGUGUUUUUGAGUGAUUUUUUUGCUGUUUUUACUUUAUGAAAAUGAUGAGUUUUGAGUAGAAGGUGAAAAGAAAUUUUAUUGGAAGAUUUUUGAUUGAUUUUAGCUGUUUCACUAUAAGAAAAUGAUGAGUUUUUGAGUAAAAAGUAAAAAUAAAUUAUUUUUGAAGAUUCUUGAAAUGAUUUUUGCUGUUUUGAGUUUAGAAAAAUGUUGGAAUUUUGAGUAAAAGGUGAAAAAAAAUUCUUGGAAGGUGAUUUUGUUGGUGAUGGGAUUUUGAGUAGAAGGUGAAAAUAAUUUUUUUUUGAAGAUUCUUGAAAUGAUUUUUGCUGUUUUGAGUUUAGAAAAAUGCUGGGAUUUUGAGUAAAAGGUGAUUUUUUUUUUCUUGGUUUGUGAUUUUGAGUAAAAGGUGAAAAAAAAUUAAAAUUUUCUUGGAAGGUGAUUUUCUUGGUGAUGGGAUUUUGAGUAAAAGGUGAAAAGAGAAUUUUAUUGUGAAUUGUUUCUAUAGUUGUUGUGAAGAAAAAUAUGAGUAUGAGUGGAGUAACAGUGGUGGGAUCAGAUGCACCAUCAGACUACCAUAUGGCACCUAGGACCACUAGUGAAAAUCCAAGUCAAGUAGUGAAACCCCAAGUGGUUGGUGUAGUUGUUUCACCAACUCCAGCCUCCACUGGCCCCGGUGGCAUAGUCACCGGGGCCGUGGCUGGGUCUGGAGGGCUGGCAUUGGUGAAAAAGAAGAGAGGUAGACCAAGAAAGUAUGGACCUGAUGGAGUGGCUAUACCUAUUUCACCUAAGCCUAUUUCGUCGGCUGCACCAGGGGCGUCGCCGGUGAUUGAUUUCUCCGUGGAGAAACGAGGGAAGAUACGGCCGGUUGGGUUAGUUAGUAAGCCUCAUAUGCCUAAGUUGGAGGUUGAUAAUUCAGGUUUAAGUGAAUGGGUCUCAUGCUCCGUUGGUGCUAAUUUUACGCCCCACAUAAUCACCGUUAAUACUGGAGAGGAUGUCACCAUGAAGAUUAUAUCAUUUUCUCAACAAGGUCCUCGAGCAAUAUGCAUUCUCUCAGCGAAUGGUGUAAUUUCAAGUGUUACACUGCGUCAACCAGACUCUUCAGGUGGCACGUUGACGUACGAGGGACGGUUUGAGAUACUGUCAUUGACUGGAUCAUUUAUGCCGUCUGAGACGGGAGGAAUGAGAAACAGAUCCGGCGGAAUGAGUGUUUCCCUAGCAAGCCCUGAUGGACGCGUUGUUGGAGGUGGAGUUGCCGGUCUACUAGUCGCUGCCGGUCCUGUGCAGAUCGUCGUGGGCAGCUUCCUUGCUGGAAAUCAACAUGAGCAAAUGAAGACCAAGAAGAACAAAUUGGAGCCAAUAACAGCUACUGUUGUUCCUCUAUCUAAUCCGGAUACCCAAGAACCGUAUAAUCACUCUUCUGCAAAAUCAACAAUGCCUGCUUCGUCGAUUAACUGGUCAUCGUCAUUAGCACCCGAGUCAAGAAACAAGCCUACUGACAUCAACGUAACGCUGCCUGCAUAGGAGGGUAAAUCAUUCCGGUUCUCAUUUGAAUCCUUAAUUCUCACAUCCAUUUGUUGUUUAACUUGUUUGUUAGCCUCAUCUACCGGGCAUUGUCAUUUUCCGGUUGAGGUUGUGUAGUCAUUCGAACUAGUUUUCGUCGUAGUUCUUGUUCUAUUCGGUCGUUCGUUGUAGGAUUUCCAGUUGUAUAAUUGGUCUCUAAAUGAAUUUCAUCUUCAUUGAUGUUUUAUGUUCAGUUUUAGCCAAGAUAAAUUGAUUAUCCUCUUUUCAUGCAA